ACUGUAGUAUAGUUUGUAUUAGUGUAGUAACAACUUCUUAUAAGGAGUACGUAAGCUGCGCAUCAUAUCCUUACGAUUAAAUAGUGUGAUAUCGUUGCUCAAGUAUGAUAGUGUUGUCGUUGAACAUAUUUAUAUGAUUUUACUGUAGUUAAGUUAUUACUAGAAUAUUUGUUUAUUUAUGGUGUGUAUGCUAUUCUGUUUGAGUAAGGUAUAAAGUUCAUGUUUGUAGCAUUACUACAAGAAUCAGGGUCUAGUAUUUAGUCUAUGCUGUGACAAAACGAAUUCGUUGCUAAUUUUCUAAAAAGCCGGAUUGAUGGAGUUUUAUAACCCGUUUUACGUGAAGUGGCGUAAAACUCGGUGAAAAAGGCGCGAUAUUCGCGGUGAUAUGCAGUAGUCGUGAAAUAUAUUCUUCACUAGUGUUUUUUUCAUAUCACUAGAGCCAAGAAACUCCAAUGAUACGGUAGUUAUCAUAACAGUACGACCGUUAGUGGCAGUGCUCGGCUGAGCUUGGGAGUUUUCUCAACUACAUAUAAGUUCAUGGGUCCGGGUGGAAGUGAACAUUGUCAACUCUAUAAGAACCAAUAAGGAUUACCAAUAACUUCCUCCCAGAAUUUUCAUAUUGUCAUCACCAACACAUGUAGAGCGCCAUGUGCAUAUUUUUCCCCACACCAUUGAUUAAUGGUGAAUUGUUUGACUAAAGGCGAUGGUUGUACCGUCGAACUUACCGUACAGCAUCCGCUUUGCACGGAUCCUAUAGGUCACAAAGGUUCACGCGCCAAAGCUACGAGUUUGUCAAGAAUCGUCUUGCGUGACAGAGGCGAGACUGUUGCCGCUGGGUUGAUAGUGUAG